UCGCUGCAAUGACAAAGGGAACGGGGAGUUUCGGAAAGAGAAGGAACAAGAGUCACACUCUCUGUGUGAGAUGUGGCCGUCGCAGUUUCCACAUCCAGAAGAGUCGUUGCUCCGCCUGUGCUUACCCCGCUGCUCGCAAGAGAACCUAUAACUGGAGUGUGAAGGCAAUCCGUAGAAAGACUACGGGAACUGGAAGGAUGAGGUAUCUUCGCAAUGUGCCUCGCAGGUUCAAGACCGGUUUCAGAGAAGGUACCGAAGCCAAGCCAAGGAACAAGGGCGCAGCAGCUUCAUCAUCUUAAGCACUAGAUUUGAGCUUCUGAGAUUUUUGCAAGUUUACUCCUUUUUUUGUACUCAACAUAAGAUUACUAUUUUAUCUUUUUGGUGUGUUAUCUACUAUUUUAUAAAGUUUCGGACUUGGAUGAGAUUUCUUAUGUCUCUGCAAUUUGAAAAUCUUUUGAUUUCAUUAUGUACGGUCUUAGUCUAUGCAUGUAGGUUCUUUGCUAAUUCUGUUUAGCACUGCAUGCAUCUAGGUUGGCUGUAUUUUUUCGUGAAGAUAGCAUCGUAAUUAC